UCCAUAUUUGUGAUUGUUCAGAAUUUGUCCUGUCAGGAGUGUUAGCUCCCCCCAAUGCAAAUAUUUUGGUCUUUUGAACCUAUUUAAAUGUCGCAAUCAAGCCCUACUACACAAGACCCUAAUACCUUUGCCUACUCAGAGGCAGAUGCAAUACGUAUUAUUGGCAGUGAACAUGGCAGCAGUGCCUUCUUAACAAAACCCACUGGAGAAAAUCUGACACGAGAACUGGAGAGAGAAAGGAAACGCCUGGUGGGCCUGGAAUUACACUCUGUAACUUUAACAGAGUAUUUCCGAAAUAAGAGGAUUCCACGUGGCUUAAGGGUUAACUUGAGACCUACGAUUUUUGCUGAAAAUACUGACUUUGUGAAAAGAUAUGAACAAAUCAUUAACAAAUGUUCUUUUGAUAUUGUCCUAUUAAACAUUGAAUUCCUACAGAAUAAGAUUCCUGAAGUGCAGCUGUCUAUUAGGAAUAUUGAGCAGAAGCUGAAAGACUCAUUGGAUACAGAUGAUCUGCAAGAGCUACACAUUCAUAUGAAUGAAAUAAUUACCCGACAUCGCAGGGUGAUUGAGGACAGAAAGCGUGUCAAAUUUCAGCGUGAUGCGGAAGACUACCGCAUAGGAUCUGUCUACCAGUGGAAAAAUACUGAUCGGGAAGGAGUGACUUACGGCCAGCGUCAUUACGCAAAGGCCCCAGCAGGUGACGCCUAUAGACGUGACAGAGGGGAAAGUGCGCAUCAAGUCACGCGAGAUUUCGGAACGGAGAGAGAAAGAGAGGAAAGAUGGCAACGCUCUGGGCAACGCUAUGGGAAAUAUCGGAAGCCACGAGUAGUAUUUACAGAGGGGAACUCCUCGGAUUACACCACUUCUGCGUCCUCAUCUUCCUCUUCCAAUUUUUUAGAUCUGAGACCCCCAGAGCCUCCAAGACCAGGCGGGGAUAUCGCAGACGCAAUGGGAAACAGACAGCCACAGGACAGGGAGCCGCGUUACAACUUCAAUCCACAGGAGCGCAGACAGCUUCCCUACAGAUCUGCGAAGAAGGACAAGGACAAAAACAAGAGACGGAAUUGAAAGUACUGAAAACUACAUUGAAUACCCUGAGUGCUGACAAAACCUUAGACAUAUCAAGGAGUACCUCAGAAAACUGCUGAGUGAGAUAUGCAAGGGUUGUCAUAGGAAUGCCUCAGGUAUGCAAAAUUGAUAAUUAUCUCUUUGAAUAAUUUUUCUAAAAUAAUUUUGUAUU